ACUUCACUAGUUCUUCCUUCUCGAACCCUCGCGUAAUCGCCUAGCAUUUCCCUACACCCAACCUGAUCUGACCGAGCCCUAAGCACCACCGCCGCCGCUGCCGCCGCCGCCGCCCAAGAUGGGCUUCGACGUGGGCUUCGUCCCCUACAACCCCGACGGGUGGGGUCCACCGGAGGCCGCGGCCGCGCCGCUCUCCCUCGGCGGUGGCUCCUCGUCUGUCCCCUUCGCUCCCUUCUCCCGCUCCGACAAGCUGGGCCGCAUCGCCGACUGGACCCGCAACCCGCCGGGCCCCGCGGCGUUCGCCGCCGCUCGGGACGCCGUCUUCGACUUCGCGGGGCUCGAGGACUCCGUCGGUCUCGCGUCCGCGGACGACUCGUCCUUCCGCCUCGUCGACGGUAAGCCGCCGCCGCGGCACCCGCGGUUCGGGCCCCGCUGGCGCUUCCAGCAGCGGCCCCAGCUCCCGCAGCGCCGCGACGAGGAGGUCGAGGCUCGGCGCCGCGAGGCCGAGAAGGAGCGCGCCCGCCGCGACCGCCACUGGCAGCAGAACCGCCGCACGCACCACCAGUUCAACCGCGGCGGGCCCUCCUCCUCGUCCGCCAAGCCGUCCGUUGACAUCCAGCCCGAGUGGUCGGUGAAGGAGCAGAUCCCGUUCUCCUCCUUCUCCAAGCUCUCCUUCGCCGUCGCCGACCAGCCCGAGGACCUCCUCGUCUGUGGCGCAGUUGAGUUCUACGACCGGACCUACGACCGCGUCACCCCCAGGGCGGAGCGUCGCCUCGAGCGCUUCAAGUCGCGGAACUUCUUCAAGGUCACCACCACCGACGACCCCGUCAUCCGCCGCCUUGCCGAGAAUGACACGGCCACGGUAUUCGCCACUGACACCAUCCUGGCCGCACUCAUGUGUGCGCCUCGAAGCGUCCAGUCCUGGGACAUCGUCAUUCAGCGUGUUGGCAACAAGUUGUUCUUCGACAAGCGUGAUGGUUCUCAGCUUGAUCUUCUCACUGUCAAUGAAACCGCCCAGGAGCCACUCCCUGAGGCCAAGGAAGACAUCAACUCUGCGCAUUCACUAGCAGUUGAGGCCACAUACGUCAAUCAGAACUUCUCUCAGCAGGUGCUGCUCCGCAAUGGUGAGAAGGUCACUUUCGAUGAGCCUAACCCGUUUGCCACUGAAGGGGAGGAAGCUGCUUCCGUUGCUUAUCGCUACCGCCGCUGGAAGCUUGAUGAUGAGACAAGCUUGGUUGCUCGCUGCGAGGUUCAUGCUGUGAAUACUGAUCCACGCGGUGAGCGCCAGUUCCUUACACUCAACGCCCUCAAUGAGUUUGAUCCCAAGGUCACUGGUGUUGACUGGAGGAAGAAGCUUGAGACCCAGCGGGGUGCUGUGCUUGCCACUGAGCUCAAGAACAAUGCCAACAAGCUUGCACGCUGGACUGCCCAGGCACUGCUCGCUGGUGCAGACAUGAUGAAGUUGGGUUAUGUGUCACGUCUGCACCCCCGUGAUCACUACAACCAUUCCAUUCUCAGUGUGAUUGGGUACAAGCCAAGGGAUUUUGCUGCACAGAUCAAUCUCAACACUGCAAAUAUGUGGGGGAUUGUGAAGUCUAUUGUGGAUGUAUGCAUGAAGCUUGGUGAGGGAAAGUAUGUGCUUGUGAAGGAUCCAGUGAAGCCGCAGGUCCGGCUUUAUGAAGUGCCAAAUGACGCGUUUGAGAAUGACUAUGUUGAGGAACCACUUCCUGAGGAAGAGCAAGUACGUCCUUUUUCUGAGGACGUCGACGCCACCGCGCAGGAAAUGGAUGCUGCUGCAGAAGCGGAGGCUACUGGAACAACUGCAGGUGCAGAGGGAGACGCUGAGAAGAGCAGUGACGUUGCUGCUGUGUGAAGGCAGUGGUUACAACCUACAGAGGUCUCUUCAGGCCUUGAAUAAGGUUAACUUGGCUAGCUAUCUGAGCAUCUUGACAAGGUUUGAUGUUUCUACCAUCAAAGGUUAUGCUAUUGUCGUUUGGUGAACCUUGAGUUGAGUUGUUUCUCUUUAUUAACACAUGCGCCUGUAUCGACUUAAUGCAACCCCCAAAUUAUAUUGCACUUCAGGGCUCACAUGUUACCAUAUGGAUUGUCGCUUCUGUUUUCACUAUGAUUUUAGUUUUGGUGAUUGCAUUUGCA